AUGAGCUCCAACGAUCACCACCUUAACCUCUUCCCUCCUCUCAUCCAAGUUGGACACGCCGAACAGUUCGUCCAGUCGGGGAAGACAGUUUUGUCUGCUCAAUCGCCUUUGAAUCAGUCGUAUGCUGUAUUUCCGUCUAUCCGAAAAGAUGCUCUGAGCAUAAAAAACAGUGGUGUGGAAGAGCAGCCCAUAUUCUUCGCGAGCAGUGAAACUUCGCCGUCAUCUGAAAGACGACUGUUCAUCGGAGAUACAUCCAUAAUCUUCGCUGCAUUACAAAACUUGAUUAACACGGCGCAAAGCCGGGGACAGGAAUGGCUACAGAGUCAAGAAACCCAUAAUGUGAUCAGAAAGCUAACUCUGGAUUAUGUCAAUUUUACCAGAGAGUGCUGGAUACACACCUCGCAAACCUCCGUUCAGUCUCAGGGUUCCUCCCAAUUUUGUGGUGAUCAUUACCGCAGUUUAUACACUUGUCUUGCGCUAUUUGCUGUUUUAUACGUACCCGAGUACGGGUACGAGGAUGCACCAGUAGGCGAUGAUUUGAUGGAGUGGCUGAAUGUCCACUUCAUCGAACCUUCCACGGAAGAAGGCGAUCACUUAUCGGGUCUGGAUCGUCCUUGGGAAGAUGAGACAUUUUGGCCGUAUCUUGUCAGGGUGACUUUGAGAGGUCUUUCCAAGGCCGCAACCUUCUUCCUCGGAACGCUUUCAACUCACCCGUCCGACAACCUCCGCCGGCUUGCUCAACAAUUAUCCCCAUUGCUUCAAUCUCAGCCUCGCCUUCAGUCUUUUGAGGCGGAGCGCGAUUUUGCAUAUGCUUCUCACCGAUGGAAGGAUAAGGUGAAAGCUUUGCGAAUUGAACUAGACAGUAUUUCUGAGUCUGAUCGGCAUGACGGGAUUGAGAAUUGGUGGGAUCGUCUAAGUGACAUUGUUGGAAUACUCGAAGGACGCAGCGAGGUGAUUCGUCGUGUCUGCGAAGAUCUUGGCGCGGACUGGAGAGAAGUUUCUGUCUCAUGGGGCGUAUUUGCUGAUGCAAGACUACGAAGACAGGAUUUACCUGAGGUUGUGUCUCAGGUCCUCGAUGAAAUGCCCCAAGAUCCAACGAAUUUGGAGGAUAUGGUACACGCAGCACUGUUCAGCGGUGACCCUGCCAAAGCACUGUCUCAUGCAGCGCGGCUCGACCCCUGGCUUGCUGCACAUAUGGCAGAUUUGAUGCAGGCGUUGUCUUUAAUCGAAAAGGAGGCAAAUGAGGACUCAGGUCUCAAUAUCAGAGAUUUUUACGUGCUCAGCUACGCACAGUACCUUCAUGCUGAUCCUGCGCUUUGGAGAAUUACUGUGGCGUACAUGUUCUCGUGUGGGGAGACUGGCGUCAGAAGUGCCGACGAAGUGUUAAUGCACGUUCCGCUCAGGUUGCGCUCCGUCGGGUCAAUUACCCAUGACCAAGGAGAGAAAAUUGGCGCUGACAAUUUAAAGUCCGGAGAUCUUGCUGGUGUGGUAAAAGACAUCAACGCGACGUGCUAUGAAUAUCAGCGGGAGGAAGUCCGACGAACUAUUUGUCGCAUAGCCGCUCAGACCUUUGUACAAGAAAAGGAAUACGGACUUGCACUUUCGUAUUCCUCUUCGGCGGAAGACUGGCCUGGCCUCGGUCGCGUGGUUGAUCGCGUGUUACAAGAAUAUAUCACCGCAGGUACGAAUUAUUGUGAAUCUGCUUUCUUGGGGUCGAACGAAGUACCAUCAGGGCCGGAACAAUUCACCCGUUACGUGGCUGGCAUUGCACCGUCACUCCAAGCACUUCGGAUGCAGUCCGGCGCACAGGGCAUCUUCAUCCACCGUUUGAUGUUCGCUGUUCGUUACGCCGAGUUUCAUCAGCGCCUGGGUAAUCAGGAUCUGCAAGAUGCUGCUUGGGAUCUUAUAUCAAUGUUCCAAGACGGGCUUGCUCCGAAAUCGUGGUGGGCGGUCCUGCUGUGUGAUUCCCCACAGCUUCUGCAGUAUGACGGCACUUUGCUCUUUCCGUACGCAAGCGCGUGCAUUCUGCUACAGCAUUUGGAAGAAGUAAUCGCGCGAACUGAUCAAGGAUCCGGCGACGAGUAUCUCCGUGUCUUAAUCUCGAAGCUCGGUUCCGGUGGGACAACUGAGGCACUCCAUGCACUCCAAGGUGUACGGCUGUCACUGGCGAAGUAUUUCGCAAGAUGCACGAUGAUUGGCACCGGGGGGAAACAAAUCAUGGAGCGCAAAUUCAGUGCUGUGGUGUGA